AAACUAAAACAAUCGUGUCGGUUGACUGCAUGUUCGCGUUUUAUCAGUAAGUUGGUAUUUUUACAAUUUUUCGAGUAGUAGAAUGGUUUGCAUUGUUACAUCUAUGCGAUUAAAUGCAUUGAUGAUGGAUUAUUACCUUAUCGACUCAUCGGUAUAGUAAUAUUUAAUUGAUUUAUGCAUUGUCGUUAUGAUAAAUUGAGCUUUGCAACAUUUUAAUCGUUAAUUCGAAGGUCAAGUAAACCUUAUAGAACUCUAUAAAAUAAUAUUGCUGACGCGUUAGAUUCAUUAAGGUUUCUCUGUUUUCUCGUGUGUGGCUACAAAUAAUUCGUAGAUACAGAAGAAACAUGGAAACUACGAAAUUGAAAUGAAAGUAAUAUACUACAAAAAUCAGUUGCGCAAUAUGGAGCUGUACAUUCGUGAAUUCAACAAUAUUAAUCAUACAAACUUCAAACUGCAAGACAUAUUCUGCACCGAUUGUAAGAGAGGGUGCAAUUGGCCGUGUGUAGCACCCACACUUACGAAAAUAUUAAGUGAUGCCCUAUUUCCUUGCAUUUUUGACGAGUGUAACUUCAAGGGGGCGUUGUUAGAUUAUCAGCAGCAUGCCAAGCUGUGCCUGUUCCGGCCAAUAAUUUGCCCUAUUGACAAAGUAAAGUAUAAGAAUGCGUCAGAACUUAUUAAGCAUUUAUCGGGACACAACGACGUGAAAAAAAUAGCACUUGAAUCAUUCUCAACUACAAUUGAGUUACAUUCAAUCAAACAGAAGGAUGGAAUUAUUUUGGCUGAUUAUCUGCACCACUAUUUUGUAAUAUCAGUCAAAUUUAAUGAGGAGAAUCUUUCUAUAUGUGUGGGAUAUCACUUGCCUCGCGCAUCUGCACUAAAGAAAACAUUCUCGGUGGUUCAUGCAUAUAACAAAGGCCAAAUUUCGCAGAAAGCAGACAUGAUACCCUUGGCAACACUUUUUAAUUGCGAGAAUAAUGCUGAUAACUGUGUAUUGUUCAAGACUAACCUAAUGCCGGAAAAUGCAACAUUGACGAUUCACUUUUCUGAUUUCGAAAAUGUUGGAAUCAAAUUAGAUGAUUGCCCAAUUUGCUUAGAGCAAAUUCUUGGUGCUAUUAGGCUAUGCACGAAUGCUCAUGCAGUUUGUGAGCCAUGCGCUACAAAAAUUACUUCAUGUCCAAUAUGUAGAGAAAAAAUGGUUGCAACUAAAGUUGAUCUGAGAUAUGUCUUAUCGGAUCAGAGUUUCUCUUGUUUGAAUGCAGAUAAAGGAUGUUGUAUAAUAUUGAAGUUAAAAGAACGUGCUGAACAUAACAGCGUAUGUUCUUUUCGAAAACUUACCUGUUCUGAUUGCAAUGUUGAUUUUGUAGCACAUGAAUUGUGCACUCAUUUCAUUAACAAGCAUACGCUGCUGAAAAACUUUUCUACCGUGAUUUGGACUUUUGGAGAUGAUUCAGAUGAAUCAAAAUUCAUAUUGUACAGGUCAAAAGUGUUUUGUGUUCGAAUGAUGUUUGAUUAUGAGAGUGAGACUCUACAUUUUUUAGCGCAAUUGUUUAAUAUUGACGAUAACAAUGAUUGUGCCACAAAUUAUCGUUACGAGAUUAAUUUAAUGCAGGGCAAUGAUACAAUUGCAAGUGUUGGCAAUGUUUGCACGAGUAGCACGAACAAAAGAAAAACGUUUAGCAGCAAUUACACUUCAACUGUUUAUAAUUCGACUAUAAAUUUAUCUGCAUGCAAAAAUUUUGCUUUCAAUGAUGGUAUUUGGACUAUUGAAUGUUGCUAUAAUAUAUUUCAAAAUCAAUAUCGUACACCAAUGUGAAUAAGACAUUUUUUAUGUAGCAAGUAGCUUUCGGGUUGGGAAGAAAUAUAAAAAGUCAAAAAAUCAAAAAUUAUGUUAAUUUUGUCAGCAGCAUUUUCAAUUGUUUAGAAAUAAAUAAUAUAACCUAAUAUUUUGUAAAAUUAUUAUAUGUGAAUCUAUCUAUAAAAUAAAAAUGAAUUGCAAAAUCUGUUA